AUGGCCGAUAAUUCGGUUUACGACAAAUGCACCCUCCUCACCGCACUCACUGAUGCCCUCGACGACCUCAUUCUGGAACAGAAGAUAGAGCCGCAGCUCGCCAACAUUGUCGUCAGCAAAAUGCGCAAGGUCAUGGUCCACAAGUUCGGCGCCCUGGUUCGAAAUUCCGGGACGGUGGAGAUCACGGGACAGCUACUUAGCUACAACCACUACGACCAUAUCUGGAUAUUUCGGCUGAGAGACGCCAAACUGGUCCUUGCCACCGCCCCCGAAGGCCGCGCCAUGAUCCCAAGACCGACGAUCGACGCGGGCAAACUCAACAUCGCCUGCGGGCCGAGUAAGAUGGCCAGCGAGGAAAACGCACUUGCUGAGAUGCGGAGGAGGAACAGGGGGGUUUGGAUGUGCCGCUAG